CACCUAUCUCCCCACCAAAUCGUCAUUAAUUUUCAGUUGGGAAGAUAAAAGCAAGAGUUUAAACUUCCCAAAUUCAUUCAUUCAAUUAAAACUUAAAACUUUGGUAUACCAGUUUUAUCACGCUCAAUUAUUAUUCCUCCAUCACUAACUAAUUAUUCACGUAUUCCUCUAAUUUAAUUCAUCAUCCUCUUCCUCACUCUCCAUCUUCUGCUACCUCCUUCUCCUUCCUCUUUCUCUGUGCGCUAAUCUGGUGACUGUUGCUGGUUCCAACAAUGGCGAUUCCAGCUGCGGCUGUGAUCGUACCCAUGGGCCUUCUCUUUUUCAUUUCCGGACUCUUUGUUAAUCUUAUUCAGGCAGCUUGCUUUGUUCUUGUGCGGCCAUUGUCAAAGAAUAUUUACAGAAGGAUCAACAGAUUUGUGGCGGAAUUGUUGUGGCUUGAGCUUGUGUGGAUCGUCGAUUGGUGGGCUGGUGUUCAGAUCAAAGUUUUCACAGAUCCCGAGACAUUUCAGCAGAUGGGUAAAGAGCAUGCACUUGUGGUAUCAAACCACAAGAGUGACAUUGAUUGGCUGGUGGGAUGGGUGUUGGCUCAGCGGUCAGGUUGCCUUGGUAGCACACUAGCUGUUAUGAAGAAAUCGUCAAAGAUGCUUCCGGUAAUAGGUUGGUCUAUGUGGUUCUCAGAGUAUCUUUUCCUUGAGAGAAGCUGGGCCAAGGAUGAAAGCACAUUAAAGCUAGGUCUUCAACAGCUAAAGGACUACCCUUUGCCUUUCUGGUUGGCUCUGUUUGUCGAGGGCACUCGAUUUACACAAGCUAAACUUCUAGCUGCUCAAGAAUAUGCAGCUUCUACAGGACUCCCAGUUCCUAGAAAUGUCUUGAUCCCACGUACAAAGGGGUUUGUUACAGCAGUAAGUCAUAUGCGUCCGUUUGUCCCAGCAAUUUAUGAUAUCACAGUGGCCAUCCCAAAAAAUUCUCCUCCACCUACAAUGCUGAGGCUAUUCAAAGGACAGUCCUCUGUGGUUCAUGUGCAUCUUAAGCGGCAUAAUAUGAAAGAUCUUCCUGAAUCAGAUGACGCUGUUGCACAGUGGUGUAAAGAUGCAUUUGUUGCCAAGGAUGCGUUGUUGGACAAGCAUAAAGCCGAUGACACUUUUGGAGAUCAAUAUCUUCAAGAUAGUGGCCGACCAUUGAAGUCUCUUGUGGUUGUUACUGGUUGGUCACUUUCCAUUGUUCUGGGAGUGGUUAAAUUUCUACACUGGUCAUCUCUUCUCUCAUCUUGGAAAGGGAUUGCGUCCUCGGCUGUAGCAUUGAUAAUUGUUACAUUUCUCAUGCAUGUAUUGAUACAAUUCAGUCAAUCAGAGCGCUCAACCCCCGCUAAGGUAGCCCCGUCAAGGCCAAAAACCAUAAGAGACUCGUCAUCCGACUCAAAACAAGAUUAAUCAGCACUAAAAAGAAUAGGAUGUGCGAAAGACCUUUCUGGUGCUCCCUGGUUCCUACUCCCCUCACUCUCUGCUUUAUACUCCGUAUUAUCAUACUUGGGUCGAGAGCAUCUGAGAAUGCCACGUAAACUGUAAAUCACGAAGUGGAUCCCUGUUAAAAGGACUUGCCUGAACUUCUCAGGUAUGUAAACUGUAAAGCCUCGAGUUUUAUUCUCAGGUAUGGCUCCAUCAGUCACCUGAACUUCCAUUUUUCUUCUUCUUUUCCUCUAGUCUUUUACUAGAUCGUUAAAAAGAAAAUAGUUGUACUACAUUAUUACUUUGUACUUUCAGCUCCGUCAAAAAAAAAAAAAAAAGGUUAUACUUUCAGAAAAUUAUACUUGGAUAUGGAUAUGUAUUUGACGGGUUGUAAUAAAAAAAACAAAUUUCUACUUUCAAAAAUU